CCCCAGCCCUGGAAACCAACCCCCAACUCACUCUCCCUCCUCUAAGAACAAGAUAAUUUAUCUCCCACUUUGGAUCUGUGGUCGCACCCCUCCUCUUCUCUUGUCUAGGCUUCUAAGUGCUGGCCUUCACUGCCCCCCCCAUCUUGGUCACCCCUCCAGCUCUCAGCCUUCAUCUUCUGACUGUCACUUUCUCUUUUACAGCUAAGAUCUGGAUUUGUGAUUAGUUGAGCUGACAGGGACAGAGAGCUGGGGGAGGUUUGGGAAGGGGAGACCGGAAUACUUUGAACGUCCAAAUGGCAAACUGUGUCCUCUUUCUAUCACUCCGUAUCAACUCCACUCCCCACCCUAGACACACAUCAUUGAAUCACGCUCUCAAGUUCGAAGGGAGCGCAGCAAGAGAAAGAAAGAGAGAGGCAAGCGAAAUUCCUGAAUGGAUAGACAGAUGCUACGUCAUCGGAGCUGCAUCCUCCACUCCACAAGAGGCUAGGAGCCGGGAGAAAGAGGCAGUCCAGCGGCUAGGAGCCGGGAGAAAGAGGCAGUCCAGGCAGUCCAGCGGCAGGACGCCCGAGCAGGAUGUCCUCCUCACAGCAGCCGGGAGCUGGGCAUCCGAGAAGAAGCAGCCUCCUUUGUUUCUGGUGUCAUCUCUGCCAGAAUUUCCCUUGAAGGACUUGGGUGGGGUCUGCAGACCAUCGCUCUAAGAACACUGCAGCGGAAUCUGCUGUGUGCUGGAAGCAGAGGGCUCUGCUCCAACUGAGGCCUUCCUAGAGAGACUGAGGCUGGUUAGCCAAGCGCAAGGGGCAUCUAAUGCACCCAUUUUACUCCAGCUGUUAGCUUCUCUCAGGUCUGCUGUAUCCAGUUCUCCGCAGUAGAAGGGUCCCUUCUGGUCAAAGGAACUGCGGAAUAGUCACUAACAUACAACUCCCCACACUCCCCUCUCAUCCCCAUACGCAGAUCCCACAGGACACACCUUUUGUCAAUGCCCACCCUCUGCAUCCACAAUGGGCUCAAUCCACAUGAAGACAAACUCAGACUUGCAGACACACUCACAGAGACACACAUUCUUUUAUUAAUUCAUCAGUUACUGAAGGACCUACUGUAUAGCACAGGGAACUCUGCUCAGUAUUCUGUAAUAA